AUGGGAUUCAGAAGUUGUGUUGCCACAGACGGCGCCAAACUGUUGAUGCUCUUUUUGGGAGGAGAGAAGGUGAGGACCUUCGGUAAGGAAAGAGCAUGUAGAAGACAAAGUAGGAGAAGCAGUCGUCAAGCUUCGGACACUGUUGUGGUGCUAGCCGAAGGCUUUCUGAUGCUUAAGUUAGUUAUGAGUGGUAAAUUUGACAGAGUAACAAUAAAGGGAAGUGAAAGUGGGAGGUUUACACAAAAUUUCGAUGUGGGACUUUGUGCAAGUUGUUGUGGUGAUGACACGUGUCCUUGGAGAUUAGGUUCAGCAGUUGAGAGUUUCGACAGUCGGGAGCUUCAGCAUGUGUCUAGCACCUCGGAAGAGUAUCUUCCUUCGGCAGGGGAGAAAGCGUGUCUGCCUUGGUGCUGGUUGUCUUGA